ACUUCAUCUCGCUUCCGUUACUUACUGCCGCAAUUUCAGCUUCAUUCGCUUCCGUUAUUCACUUUUUACAGUAUCAAAUUGAAUAAUCAAUAUGAUGAUGGAUACACUAAAAUCCCCUGCACGCCUCAUGAUUGUUUCGGAUCUCGAUCACACCAUGGUUGAUCAUCAUGACUCUGACAACAUUUCUCUUCUUCGUUUCAAUGCCCUUUGGGAAUCCAACUAUCGCAAUGAUUCUCUCCUUGUUUUCUCAACUGGAAGAUCGCCUACUCUCUACCGACAAUUGAGGAAACAGAAGCCCAUGAUAACCCCAGAUAUCACCAUCAUGUCUGUGGGAACUGAGAUUACCUAUGGUAAAUCUAUGUUCCCAGAUGAUGGAUGGGUUCAACUUUUGAAUCACAAAUGGGACACCAACGUUGUCACGGAGGAAGCAAGCAAUUUUCCUCAACUUACCCCUCAGGCAGAAACAGAACAGCGACCCCACAAAGUUAGCUUUUAUGUCAAGAAAGACGAGGCUCGUCCUGUUAUGGACGCCCUUACUAGGAGUUUGGAAAAACGCGGGUUGGAUGUUAAAAUAAUAUAUAGUGGAGGAAUUGAUUUGGAUAUAUUACCAAAAGGUGCUGGCAAAGGUCAAGCUCUUGCAUAUCUGCUCAAGAAAUUUGAGAAUGAGGGAAAGCGCCCUGUUAAUACUCUUGUUUGUGGUGACUCUGGAAAUGAUGCAGAGCUGUUCAGUGUUCCGGGAGUCUUUGGUGUCAUGGUAAGCAAUGCACAAGAAGAAUUGUUGCAGUGGCAUGCACAAAAUGCAAAAGAUAACGCAAGUAUUCUCCAUGCCUCAGAGCGAUGUGCAGCUGGGAUUAUACAAGCCAUAGGUCAUUUUAAAUUAGGCCCAAACCUGUCCCCAAGAGAUGUUUCAGACAUUGCAGAGGAUGUUGAAAAUGCGUCUCCAGGUUAUGAGGUGGUGAAAAUUAGUUUGCUAAUUGAAAAGUGGAGGCGUGCAGAAGUUGAGAACUCCGAAAUGUUUCUUUCUAAUUUAAAAGACGAUUGUCAUCCAUCUGGUGUUUAUAUUCAUCCUUCUGGUGCUGAGCAUAAUAUAAGGGAGUAUAUAAAUGUUUUGAGAAACUGCUACGGUGACAAAGAGGGAAAACAAUACAGGGUUUGGGUGGAUGGCAUAUUGGCCACACAGAUAGAUUCAGAUACAUGGUUAGUGAAGUUUGAUAAGUGGGAGUCUUCUGGUGAGGAACGACAAGGUUGUGUGGUCACUACCAUACUAAGCACAAAGGUUUUUCAGGAUUCCGAUUGGUUCACUUGGGUGCAUGUGCAUCAGACGUCGUUGGAACAAUCAGGAAAAAAUGAAUGGCUAAUUUAGCUGGUUUCUGUGGCUUAAUUCCAAGCUUCCGAGUGUAUUGUAAACCCUUUUGCAAUAAAUGUGAAUCCGAUGACAGACUAAUUACUACUGCACAUUAAAUUUAUA